UUCUGGAUACCUAGGUAUAAAAGUCAAUGAGAUUGCUGCUUUCCAGACCUCUCUCUGGGGAGAAUAUCCACCGAUCGCGGAUGAAAUGGACGGUAGGAUGUUGUACGCCCCGCAGGUCGUCGCGGUCGAGCUGUGAAAGUCGUACACAAGCGAGUAGACAACGCAGAAUGUAAAGGCGACACAGGGGAUACUACACGUAAACAAGGCAUACUUUUUAAACUUGAUGCGAAUCCAAGGCGCUGGUUCCUCUUCAUAUUCGAGCAGCCGCUUGUAGCGGGCGGUUUUCGAGACCAUCGUACCGACCUUCGGGCGCUUUUCAUCGCUGGAGUAUUUUGUUAUUAUCAACUGCCAUGUAAGCGAUUUUCCGGGCGAUACAUUUUGAACGCGGAUCGGCUGUACUAGAUUGGAGAGGUUACGUUUGGUGGGUGGAUAUGAUAAAUGCAUAUAUGCUGGUUGCCUACGUUGUCGUCUAUCCCGUAUUAAUUUGCGGUUAAUAUAGUUCAUCCCGCUUAUCUACUAUACAAUCAUUUAGACUAAGUUGUGCCAGCAAUGCAAUAAAAAAUAAAGAAAAUAAAAACCAAAACAUCUACACGUUUCACUUUACAGUCACAAACGUAUUCGCAAACAUGUGGGCUAUACUAAAACCUAUUUUAUUCUACGGAUCUGCGUUUCUUUUUACUGGAUUUUUAUCUAUGUGCAUAUUCUUAAUAUCAACGACGCAAACUUACCCGGCGAUAAAACGUAGUAAAAAAGAAAAGUAUUUCCAAGAUUUGUCUAGUAAUAGAGAUAUUGCAUUUCCUAGCAUUAAUGAACCAGCUUCAAUUAAUUUAAGUGUGAUUAUUCCAGCUUACAAUGAGGAAGAAAGAUUGGGAGUCAUGCUUGAAGAAUGCAUAGAUUACUUAAAUUCACGCUGCAAAGAAAUAAAAGACUUUAAGUAUGAAAUAAUUGUGGUUAGUGAUGGCAGUAAGGAUAAAACUGUUCAAAUUGCUAAUAAAUAUGGCAAAAACUUAGGUUCUGAUAAAUUCCGAGUUUUGGAUUUGGAAGUAAACAGAGGGAAAGGAGGCGCAGUCAGAUUAGGUAUGCUUAGUGCAAGAGGUGCUUUGUUACUCUUCGCUGAUGCUGAUGGAGCUACAAAGUUUGCUGAUUUGAGUAAAUUAGAGGCAGCUAUGGAGGGAAUGAUAAAUUGUAAGUUAUCACUUUAUUCAAGUAAUUGGAGAGUAAUAUUAUUUUGUUGCAUUUUAGGCAAUUAUUUAAAAGAUUUGAAAGCAAUUGGGUCUCAAGAAGCAAUAUCAAUCGGAUCGCGUGCUCAUCUAGAAGAAGCCGCUGUGGCAACAAGAAGUUUCUUUCGCACAAUCCUCAUGUAUGGCUUUCAAUUUCUGGUUAAACUUUUUGCUGUUCGCGGACUACGUGACACUCAGUGCGGGUUUAAACUUAUGACCAGGGAAGCUGCCAGAAAAUGUUUCAUCAGUUUGCAUGUAGAAAGAUGGGCAUUUGAUGUUGAAAUGUUGUUUAUUGCACAAAAACUAAAGAUCCCCAUCACCGAGGUGGCAGUUCGUUGGACAGAAAUCGAUGGCUCAAAGAUAACACCUUUCUGGAGCUGGUUGCAAAUGGGCAUUGACCUAGUACUGAUCUGGUUGCGAUAUUUGAUCGGGGCAUGGAAAAUUAGCGCAACCAAUAAACAUAAAUAAGAUUUAAGUUCAUGCUGUGAAUAUUCUUAUCAGUUGAAAAUCUGAUGUGUAUAAAUACACAGUAACCAUUGUAAUGUGAAACAAAUAAUAAGUGUAACACUGA